AUGAGCGUCGAGGAAGUUCGAAGCGAGGACCCUGGGGCGGUGGUUGCCUCAAAGCUGGACCAGGGAACGGGAGACCGCAACGAUCACGAUCACGAUCACGAUCACGACCACGACCAUGACAGCGACAACAACAAUAACAACAACAGCAGCAGCAGCAGCGCACAACCGCACGACGAUAACGACGACAACGCGAGUUCCCUCUUUGGCGACGAUGCCGACGUGAAUGGCGAUGCAGACGACGCAAUGCACUUGGAUUCUCAAGCUUCCGUACAGUCCGGAGAGCCUGUCGAUGACGAACAAUUGACGGGUGAGGCGCGACAGAACGGCGAGGACACCACGGCUUCUCCCAAGGAGUCUCAGAAACCAGAGCGUGAGAACGGUGCUGGUGCUGAGACUUCAGACGCGAUGGCUGAGGACCAACAGCAAAGCGCCCACGAAGAGCUACCACAAGCCUUCAAACCUGAGUUUGAGGCCGAACCGGCCGCAUCUGCGUCUGUACCUGUAGACGAGGAAGUCUCCGAAACGAUCGAUGGUGAACAUGAUGGGCCCACUUCGCCCCUCGGCGAAAUUGCGCCAAAGGAGUCGCCAGAUGCUUCGAACGAGGAAAAUGGAAUCAAGACCGAAACGCGUGACGACGCGGCCGACGCCCCAGAAGCUCGCGCUGCUGCACAGGCCAAAGAGGAAACCGUCACAGUCGCCGAAAAGGGCCCUGUACUUGCUUCCGGACACAGCGACCACGCGGAUUCGCCAAAGGAUGCACUAAACAGAGACAUAAACGCGGAUGACGACGAGCUGUCUGUACCGCAGUCGCACGAGAUCGUCAUCCCAUCGUACGCGCGAUGGUUCCAUUUGCACAAAAUUCACAGAGUCGAGAAACAAUCGCUUCCCGAAUUUUUCACCAAUCGUGUACCAUCCAAGACCCCACAAGUUUAUGUCAAGUACAGAAAUUUCAUGGUCAAUGCAUAUCGAUUAAACCCUAACGAAUAUUUCACUGUAACCGCGGCAAGAAGAAACUUGUGCGGAGACGCAGGCGCCAUUUUUAGGCUGCACAAGUUUCUCACCAAAUGGGGGUUGAUCAACUAUCAGGUCAACGCCAAAGUCAAACCAAAGCAAGUGGAACCACCCUACACGGGAGAAUACGCUUCCAAACAUGAUGCGCCUCGUGGGCUUUUCCCUUUUGAAAGCUACAAGCCCGCUAUUCAAAUUCCUGAUUUGUCUAGGCUCAAAAAGCUGAUGGAUCAAUUGCAAAAGCCUAGUGCUGAGACCGCGGCCACGACGGUUGCUUCAACAACACCAUCAGCAUCGGAAUCUGCUGAACUUAAGAGUGAAAGCCCGUUGAAACGUCCGUCCCAAUCGCGUGCUGCUGUCGAUGCUGUAAGCUCAGGGGGAAACACAUGCAAGAGGCCCAAAUUGCAGGAUGUUGUAGAUAAGGAUUGGAGCCAAGCCGACGUAGAACGACUUGUCGAAGGUAUUAAAAAGCAUAGUUCCGACUGGAUGCGCGUUGCUCUCCACGUUGGAAAUAAGACUCCUGAACAGUGCAUACUCAGAUUUUUACAAUUGCCAAUAGAAGAUGAAUUUUUACAAUCUGAGAGCAGUAAAGAUCUAGGACCUCUCAAAUACGCGCCUCAUCUUCCCUUUACGAAAGCCGAUAAUCCGAUAAUGUCUACCAUAGCGUUUUUGGCCGGGCUUGUCGACCCACAAGUCGUCAAGAAGAUGACAGACCGCGCUAUUGAGGUCGGCCAACAAAGUCGAGAAGAAAACGAACAAGAACAACAGGAGAAGAAGCCUUCGGAAGGAGAAAAUGCCGAUGCAGACCUCAAGGACUCUAAAAAACCCAAUAGCGAGGGGCUUUCGUCAAAUUAUAUCAAGGAAGGGAGCGAAAUAGCAUUGGCAUCGUUGGGAGCAAGGGCGCAUGUUUUCUCGACCAAUGAGGAGAGGCAGAUGAACGCGCUAACGAAUGGCAUGAUUCAGACUCAACUGAAGAAGGUGGACAUGAAAUUAAGACUCCUGGAUACUAUGGAAAAGUCUCUUGAAGUUGAGAAAAAAUUACUUCAAAAACAACAAGAAGAAGUUUUUGUUCAACGGCUAUCUUUGGCCAAAAAUACGUUUGCCCUCACUGCCAAAUUGCAACAGUGUCUCGACGAUCACGAGGACAAGACCAAGUUGCAAGAACAUCUCAAUGCGAUCAAGCAAUUGCAUGCCUCACCUUUGAGGCUGAGUGUGGGCAAAGCACCAUCGUCCACUCCAGGAUUGUCCGGUACUCCAACGGAGAACGCACAAAAUUCUUCGAACGAGUUUUCCGCAGUAUCUGUUAAGCCGGUAUCGGUGAGCGCUCCCCAGUUUUACAGAUAUUGGUCCGGUUGA